ACCAGCCUGGAGCGUUUCGGCAACUGCCAUUUUGUAUAGCCAACCCGUCAGAGGCAGGCAGUGCAACUCUGUGCAGAUCUACUCAAAAUUCCUCUCCCAGACUCCGGAGCAGCCAUGACCGCCGAGCCCCGCAAUCGCCAGCAGACUCUGGUUUUACGGAAGCAGUUCAUUGGAACAUCUUGCAAGCUUUUUUUUCCAGAAGACCCAGUGAAGAUUAUCCGGGCAAAGGGCCAGUAUAUGUAUGAUGAAAAUGGAAACCAAUACCUUGACUGUAUCAAUAAUGUUGCUCAUGUGGGGCACUGCCAUCCUGAAGUGGUCAAAGCAGCCCAUCAGCAGAAUCUACUGUUAAAUACAAACUCUCGGUAUCUGCAUGACAAUUUGGUGGAUUAUGCACAGAGACUUUCUAAAACAUUGCCGGAGAAGUUGUGCAUCUUCUAUUUUUUGAAUUCAGGAUCAGAAGCUAAUGAUCUUGCUCUGAGACUGGCACGGCAGUAUACAAAGCAUAAAGACAUUAUUGUUAUUGACCAUGCUUAUCAUGGACAUCUGACAUCUUUGAUUGACGUAAGUCCAUAUAAGUUCAGAAAUCUAGAUGGCCAAAAGAAAUGGGUCCAUGUGGCUCCUCUUCCUGAUACAUACAGAGGAUUAUAUAGAGAAAACCAUAAAGAUCCAGCCACAGCAUAUGCUAAUGAAGUAAAAAAAAUAAUUGAUAAGGCACACCAAGAAAGCAGGAAGUUUGCUGCACUUUUUGUUGAAUCCUUGCCCAGCGUUGCUGGACAAAUCAUUCCACCAUCUGGUUAUUUCCAAAAGGCAGCAGAGCAUAUACACCAAGCAGGAGGUGUAUUUAUUGCUGAUGAAAUUCAGGUUGGGUUCGGCAGGGUUGGCAAACAUUUUUGGGCAUUUCAACUUCAGGGAGAGGAUUUUAUUCCUGAUAUUGUUACUAUGGGAAAACCAAUAGGGAAUGGACAUCCUGUCGCUUGUGUAGCAACAUCAAAGGAAAUUGCAGAGGCAUUUUCAGCAACAGGAGUAGAAUACUUUAACACAUUUGGAGGAAAUCCUGUGUCCUGUGCAAUAGGCCUAACAGUCUUGGAUAUUAUUGAGAAAGAGCAGCUUCAAACCCAUGCUCUUCAUGUGGGAAGCUUCUUUAUGGAACUACUCAAUCAACAGAAAGCUAAACACCCUCUAAUUGGAGAUAUCAGGGGUGUUGGAUUAUUUAUUGGUGUAGAUUUAGUACAAGACCAAGAGAAAAGAGCACCUGCUAGUGAAGAAGCAGAAUUCAUCAUAACAAGAUUGAAGGAAGAAUUCAUUAUGCUGAGCACAGAUGGGCCAGGAAGAAAUGUGCUUAAGUUCAAGCCCCCACUGUGUUUCAAUAAGAAAGAUGCAGAGUUAGUUGUUGGCAAACUUGAUAUGAUAUUAACAGAAUUGGAGAAAAGCAAAGCCUAAAGAUGAUGAUUUCCAAUACUUCAAAGGGAUACAGACACAGUGCUCAAUUUUACCAUUUUUCUACACUUAAACUACAGUAAUAAAAUUCUGCCUUCUACAGGCUAUCAUAA